AUGUCGAGGAGUCAGCCUGAGUAUAUCUCUCAAUGCGCCUCAACUUUUAACGCAAAGUUCAAUAUCCAAACAGAAAAAAGGGACGAGGAGGACGCAGGCGCACCUGGCUCAGGCUGGCUGAAUGUAGCGCACCGGACUGAGGAUUUUCUGGCUUUAUUCAUCACAACUUACCCUUUUCCUCCUAAAACAGGGGUUUUAUUUAACUGAGCAGUUUUCUUGAGUUUCGUUUGAUCGGUUGAUUCGUUUGCGCGCCGCGGGAGAAGUGUCUGACUGAUGUUAUGAAGACCUCACUCAUCCUCUCUUAACAUGGAAGGAUCCAGCGGGUCGAGUUUUGGGAUAGACACUAUUUUAUCCAGCGCCUCGAACUCUGGCAACCCCGCGCCGAUGAACGGAGACUUCCGGCUCAGUGACGGUAGGACACCGGAUUUCAGGAGCCAGGCAACCCCGUCGCCAUGCUCGGAGAUCGAUACCGUGGGAACGGACCCCUCGUCUCCCAUCUCGGUCUGCAUGGAGCACGGCGCCGACGCGCAUCUGGUCCAGGACAGCCUUCAGCAUCUCCACCACCACCACAGCCAGGCGCAGGGAUUGGCGCUGUCACCUCAGCAGCAGCAGCAGCAGCAGCAUCUCGCCGGGGCCGGCUGCGCCCCGAGGACUGCCACCUCCUCGUUUUUAAUCAAAGACAUUCUGGGCGACGGGAACAAACCGCUGGCCGCCUGCGCACCUUACAGCACCAGCGUGUCCUCGCCCCACCACACACCAAAACCAGAAAGUGCCACGGCUCCGGACGUUUUCAGGCCCAAGUUGGAACAGGAGGAGAGCAGGAGCAAGUUGGACAAAAGGGAUGAGAUUCAGAGCGAAAUGAAAUGCAACGGCACUAAAGAAGAAGGUGACCGAGAAAUCUCCAGCAGCAGAGACAGUCCACCUGUGCGCACGAAAAAGCCCCGCAAAGCAAGGACAGCCUUCACGGACCAUCAGCUCAACCAGCUGGAGAGGAGCUUCGAGAGACAAAAAUACCUCAGCGUGCAGGACCGCAUGGACCUGGCGGCGGCUCUCAACCUGACAGACACUCAAGUCAAGACCUGGUACCAAAACAGACGGACGAAGUGGAAGAGGCAAACGGCGGUCGGUUUGGAGCUUUUGGCGGAAGCAGGAAACUACUCGGCCUUACAGAGAAUGUUCCCCUCGCCCUAUUUCUACCACCCGAGCCUGCUCGGUACCGUGGACAGCACGACGGCGGCUGCUGCGGCCGCAGCCAUGUACAGCAGCAUGUACCGGACUCCCUCCGCGCCACACCCCGGCCUCCAGAGACCUCUAGUCCCGAGGGUGCUCAUUCACGGCCUUGGGCCAGGGGGACAACCGGCGCUAAACCCCCUCCCCGGCACGCCGCACCCGCGGUAGAGCACAUAAACUCAGACGCAAAUGGAUGGUGUGCGUAACGGGACGCGCUGCAGGUCUCCACUCCAAAACACGUUCAAAGACAUUCUGCAAAAAGAAUCUAAAGGAGGUAUUUAAUACAGGCCCGGUUCUCUUGAAGACUCCGAGUUUGGGUCCAGACAGACGGGACUGCUCAUGUCUGAUUGUUUGUUUGUUUGUCUUUUGUACAAAUACACUUACAUUAGUAAAUAAACUUAUAAAGUUUAUUAGAUGGAGAAGAAGUUGAAUGAAUAAAGACGUAACGAUACUAAAGGAA